AUGGUUGUAGUAAAAUCCUCGAAUGAAGAAGUCGAGCUCACCUCCGUUCACAAGUUUGUACUACUAGAGCAAACCGACGGUUUAUGCACUCCCUACAAUAUCCAUUCAAAGGAAGUCUAUCACCUCAGUCUCUAUAGGGACAUGACAACGAGCAACUGUAAAAGGCUUGCUGCGUGGAACCAGCUGGCAUGCCAAUACGCAUACCAAGCACACAAGAAACCAGAGACUGGGAAAACCAAGAGAUUGCAUUCUGCCCGAGAUAUGAAGAAGGCCGUGCUUCCACCAAACACGCAUUCUGAAAAUGAGUCUGAUGCAACCUCCACCGAGGACAUGUCAGAGAACAACACUUCAUAUCCCUCAGAGAUGGCGGAUGUCCCUAGUGACAUCAAAAAAGUCUCCACAUUCGUCCCACUCGAGAACAAGGAGUUACAGGCAUUCGCAGAUGCUGCCAAGAAAGAAAACGAACCAUUCACGCAAGCACAAGCAAACGCCAUGAUCAAGGAAGCCCAAGUAGCAUGGUCCAAUGCCCAGCAUCUCAACGGCCACCAUGUCCACCUGCUGUCUCAGGGAAUGCGCGAAGCCGGGCUCACCUCAGUACAUGCUCACCUCAAGGCAUUUGUGCUGGAAGGAAGCUACCAGCUUACCAAGAUAUCUGGCCACGAAAACGUCACUGUCGAGAAGCUGAGUGCAAUUGCAUUGCAGGCUGAGGAGACUGUGCAGCGCGUUCUGAGCUACUUCGAAUGA